AUUGGUGGAAAUCGGAAAGGCGGUGACUGAGCGGGGGUGGGGGGGUUUCUCCCGCGUUGCUGCCGGGUUGAUCGAGGCCGGAGGGACGAGGGAGACGGUCGGGACGAGAGAGGUUAAGGGGCACAGGGGCCCGACGGACCCCAGGGAGACGGAGACGUGGCCAGGGAAGAUGCCCCCGCAGCAGUGGGAGUUCCACCUGCCCCUGGCCCCCGAGGAGCUGCUGAAGAGCGGCGGGGUGAACCAGUACGUGGUGCAGGAGGUGCUGACCGUCAGCCAGCUCCGGCCGCAGCUCACCGCGUUCCAGGGGGCCUUCCGCUUCCAGGGCCCCCUCGCCCUUCUGGAGCACUUUGACACCUUCUACAGUGUCCUGCAUCACUUUCGCAGCGCAGACCCUCGCCUCCCAGAAGAUGCUCUGGAACUGCUGAUGAAAGUGGUGUCGCGGCACUCCCAGGAGCUCCCGGCGGUCCUGGACGCGGCGGCUCUGAGCCCGGCCGACCGCGGCGCGCACCUCAACGCCCUCAAGAUGAGCUGCUACGCCCUGACCCGCCUGCUGGAGUCCUUCGAGGCCACCGCCACCGCCGGCAAGACCAGUCUCGUGGGCCUAGAUCCCGGCGGCAAGGGCCGGAAGGGCUGCCCUAAGACCUUUGGCUUCGACUGGGAGGAAGAACGGCCGCAGGUUCUCCAGCUGCUAACGCAGCUCCUCCAGCUGGACGUUCGCCGCCUGUGGCCCCGUGCGCUGGUGGAGGAGGAGUUUGUCAGCCUGGUGACCGGCUGCUGCUACCGCCUGCUGGAAAACCCGACAGUCAGCCACCAGAAGAACCGAGCCACCCGGGAGGGCAUCACCCACCUGCUCGGGGUCGCCCUGACCCGUUACAAUCACAUGCUCAGUGCCACCCUCAAGAUCACCCAGAUGCUGCAGCAUUUCGAACACGUCGCGCCAGUGCUGGUGGGCGCCGUCAGCUGCUGGGCAACUGACUACGGCAUGAAGACCAUCGUGGGCGAGAUCGUGAGGGAGAUCGGGCAGAAAUGCCCCCAGGAGCUGGGGCGGGACCCCGCGGGGGCCAAGGGCUACGCGGCCUUCCUGACGGAGCUGGCGGAGAGAGUCCCGGCCGUCCUGAUGACCAGCAUGAGCGUCCUGCUGGACCACCUGGACGGCGAGAGCUACCUGAUGCGCAACGCGGUUCUGGCGGCCAUGGCCGAGCUGCUGCUGCAACUGCUGAACGGCGACCAGCUGGACCAGCGCGCCCGGGACACGCGGGACCAGUUCCUGGACACCCUGCAGAUCCACGGCCACGACGUCCACUCGUUCGUGCGCAGCCGCGUACUGCAGCUCUUCGCCCGCAUCGUCCAGCAGAAGGCCCUCCCCCUGACGAGGUUCCAGACGGUGGUGGCCCUGGCCGUGGAGCGGCUGCAAGACAAGUCCGUGCUGGUCUGUAAGAACGCCAUCCAGCUGCUGGCCGCCUUCCUCGCCAACAACCCCUUCACCUGCAAGUUGAGCUGUGCCGACCUGGCCGGACCCCUGGAGAAGGAGACCCGGAAGCUGCAGGAGCUGAAGGCCCGACACAACCCUCCGGUGGCCGGGGCGGAGCUGGAUCCCGAGGAGGAGUGGGCGGCCAUGCUUCCCGAGCUGAAGCUCACCCUACACCGCCUCCUGGCACCCGGCACGGGGGACGAGGAGCCGGCCCCCCCCGCCAUCGACCACGCGGACGCGGCCGAACAGACGGCAGCGCACAUCCGCCAGUUGCUGGCCAAGGCCAGCUACGAGCCGGCCAUCCUCCUGGCCCGGGCCGCCGUGGGCCACUUCCAGGGAGCGGAACCCUUCAACUGCAGCGACCCAGACGGGCCCGAGGACGUCCGGCUCCUGAGCCUCCUCCAUCGGCUCUUCAGCGCCGCCGGCCCCCCGCCUCCCCGGUCGGGGCCUGGAGGGGAAGACCCCCGGGCGCCCCCCGAAGCUGAGGCCGGCGGGCGGGCCGGGCCCGAGGAACAGGCGCGGGAAGAGCUGGUGAAGCAGGAGAUGCUGGUGCAGUACCUGCAGGACGCCUACAGCUUCUCCCUGCAGGUCACCGAGGCCGUCGGCGCCGUCAGCAAGAUGAUGUACGAGAACACGAGCACGGUGGUGCAGGAGGCCAUCGAGUUCUUCGUGACGGUGUCGCGGUUCGGGGUGCCCCAGGCGUUGAUGGGCGUCCGGCGCAUGCUGCCCCUCAUCUGGUCCAAGGAGCCCGGCAUCCGCGAGGCUGUGCUGGACGCCUACCGCCAGCUGUACCUGCCCGCCGGCAGGGACCCCGCCAGAGCCAAGGCCCAGACCCUGGUGCAGAACCUCUCCCUGCUCCUGCUGGAGGCUUCCGCCGCCACCGUCCAGUGCCUCGGUGAAAUCCUGCGGGAGUUUGUGCGGAACGGGGAGCUGGCGCCGGCGGUGACCCAGCUGCUGUGGGAGAUGGUCACGGAGAAGGUGCCCUGCUCGCCCCCGGAGCGGCGUACCGCCGUCAGGCUGCUGGGCAUGAUGGCCCGGGGGAAGCCAGAGAUCGUGGGCAGCAACCUGGACACGCUCGUGAGCGUCGGGCUGGCGGAGAAGGCCCCCGCAGAUUACCGGCUGGCCAGGGAGGUGUGCCUCGCUAUCGCCGCCAUCGCUGACGGAGGCAAGCCCACGACGGGCGGAAGCGCUCCCCCGUUCCGCCUGCCCCAAGACCACCGGCUGUUCGAGCAGCUGCAGGAGGUGGUCGUAGCAGGCUUCACCAGUCCCGACGCCCUGUGGAUCCCCUUCGCAGAGGUGGCCGUGGCCCUGGUGUACCAGCUGGCGGAAGGGCCCGAGGUCAUCUGCGCCCAGAUCCUUCGGCGUUGUGGGCAGCGGGCCACGGAGACGCUGCAGGAGCCCCUCGCCCCCAAGGAGGGCUCCGAGGAAGCCCCGAGGCUGCCCACCUUUGUCCUGAGCCACUUGGUCUCGCUGGCGGGCGACGUGGCGCUGCAGCAGCUGGUGCACCUGGAGCGGGCAGUGAGCGCGGAGCUGCGCCGCCGCCGGGUGCUGCGCGAGGAGCAGGACGACAAGACCAAAAAGGCCGCGGAGAAGGCGAACCUCACCGGCGAGACGACCAUGGAAGAAGAGCUGGGGCUGGUGGGCGCUUCGGCCGACGACACGGAGGCGGAGCUGAUCCGGAGCAUCUGCGAGGCGGAACUCCUGGAGGACAAGCAGCUGCUCUCUGCCUUCGUCCCGCUUCUGCUCAAGGUGUGUAACAACCCCGGCCUCUACAGCGACCCGGCUCUCUCCAGCGCCGCCUCGCUGGCCCUGGGCAAGUUCUGCAUGAUCAGCGCGUCCUUCUGCGACUCCCAGCUCCGCCUCCUGUUCACCCUGCUGGAGAAGUCCCCCCUGCCCGUGGUCCGCUCCAACCUCAUGGUGGCCGUCGGGGACCUGGCCAUCCGCUUCCCCAACCUGGUGGAGCCUUGGACCCCGCACCUCUACGCCCGGCUGCGGGACCCGGCGGCGGCCGUGCGGAGGACGGCGGGCAGGGUCAUGACGCACCUGAUCCUGAAGGACCUGGUGAAGGUCAAGGGGCAGGUGAGCGAGAUGGCCGUGCUGCUCGUCGACGAGGACCCCGAGAUCGCCGCCCUGGCCAAGAACUUCUUCAACGAGCUGGCCAGCAAGGGAAACGCCGUGUACAACCUGCUGCCAGACAUCAUCAGCCGCCUGUCGGACCCCCAGGGCGGGGUGGAGGAGCAGCCCUUUCGUACCAUCAUGAGGCAGCUCCUGUCAUACAUCACCAAGGAUAAGCAGACGGAGAGCCUGGUGGAGAAGCUGUGCCAGAGGUUCCGCACGGCCCGGACGGAGCGGCAGUACCGGGAUCUGGCCCACUGCCUGGCACUGCUGCCCCUGUCGGAGCGCGGGCUCCGCAAGAUGCAGGACAACUUCGACUGCUUCGCGGACAAGCUGACGGACGAGGCCGUCUUCGGCGCCUUCUCGCAGGCCGUCGGCAAGCUGCGGCGCUGGGCCAAGCCCGAGGGCAAGGUGCUGAUUGACGAGUUUGAGCAGAAGCUUCGGGCCGGCCACAACCGCGGGCUGGAUUCAGAUGAGGAGCCCAGCGCCGAGCAGGGCCCCGGGGAGGCCCAGCGGGCCAGCGCGAGACCCUCCACGGCUUGUCGCCCACCCCGCUCGACCUCAAACAACCAGAACCUGGCCACCCCCAAAGGUCGGGGCGCUGCCCGAACAGCGCAGCGGACCCAGAAGGCCAAGGCCAGGAAGAAGGCUGUCAUAGUGUUCUCCAGCGACGAGGAGAGCAGCAGCCAGGAUGAGUGCUCGGCCGAGCUGAUGGAAGAAGAGACCCCCAGAAAGACCACCCCGAUUCGCCGGACGUCCACACGCAGCCAUCGAGCCUGAGGCCGCCGCCCCCCCAACCCCCUCUUCCUGCCAUGCAGGGAGACUGUGCGGAGGCAGAGGCUGGGCCGACCUCCUACUCUCUCUCCUUCCGUCCGUCUGCCACCGUUUGUCUCUGACCAGCCGCCUAGCUGGCUGGAAGUGUCCUUUUCCCUGUCUGUCUGUCGGCCUGUUUGUGUUUAUUGUGAAUAAAUCCAUUUUAAUAUAC